AUGGACAUCUACAAGAUCCGAUUAGCUACGUUCGAGAAACAAGAGAAGGAGCCAAAGCUUAACCGCGUUCUCGACCGUCUAGACACACCAUACGAACGUAUGCGUUUCCUUGCGAAUAGGUUCUCGAGAACUAAUGCGUAUGGCGUCAAGGUGUUCCUAAGAUGGAGAGAAGACGCAAUAAAAGGACCGAAGAAGGGGGAAGACGUUCUGAAGUAG